AUAAGAAGAAUAAAAAAAUGAAAGUUUUAUAUACACUGAUAUAAUGAUGUGCAUGUGUACAUAAAUGUAGAUCAUGAGUUUUUAAUUACUUAAAAAAAAUAAAAAAAAUUAGAAAAACAAAAAAAAGGUGAAAGUUUCUCCCCUGCAAAACUUCUGCUAGUCUUGAUGCGGGACUAGCGCGGGAGCGAAGGGAGGGUAAUGGCCGUCGCCAGUAUCACCAAUCCUCCAGCGAUGAAGAUCGUGACCUACAACGUCAACGGGCUUCGCCAGCGCGUUUCCCAGCAUGGGUCUCUUCGCAGCCUCCUCAAUUCCCUGGACGCCGACAUUAUCUGCUUCCAGGAGACCAAGCUGUCAAGGCAGGACCUUUCUGUGGAUUUAACCAUGGCGGAAGGAUACGAGGGUUUUGUCUCUUGCACUCGUACUUCCACCAAAGGUCGCUCUGGUUAUUCUGGGGUUGCUACGUUUUGUCGAGUAAAUUCGGUAUUUUCUAGUGAUGAGGUUGCAUUGCCACUUGAUGCUGAAGAGGGGUUUACUGGUCUUCUUGAGCAAUCUGGAAAUGGAAGGACUAUAAUGAGAGAUGUUCUUCUUGACAUGCCUAUGGUUGUGGAGGGUGAGGAGGUUACAAAAGAGGAACUGCUAAAGGUGGACAGCGAAGGGCGUUGUCUCAUCACUGAUCAUGGUCAUUUUGUCAUCUUUAAUUUAUAUGGUCCCCGAGCUGUGGAUGAUGACAAUGAAAGACUCCGUUUCAAGCUCAUAUUUUUUAUGAUGUUACAGAAAAGAUGGGAAUUUCUCUUGAGCCAGGGAAAAAGAAUUAUUGUGCUUGGUGAUCUCAACAUCGCUCCUGCCGCUAUAGACAGGUGUGAUGCUGAGCCAGGUUUUGAACGAAAUAAGUUCCGGAAAUGGCUGAGAUCUUUGCUGAAAGAAUCAGGAGGUCCUUUCUUUGAUGUUUUCAGAGGAAAACACCCAAAUAGGACAGAAGCAUACACUUGCUUCUCAGCACGAAUUGGGGCUGAAGAGUUCAACUAUGGCUCCAGGAUAGACCAUAUUCUUGUUGCUGGAUCAUGCUUGCACCCAGCUGAUGAUUCAGAUGACCAUAAUUUUUUUGGUUGCCAUGUGGAAGAAUGUGACAUUAUGGCACAGUUUAAACGGGGAAAUCUUGAUAAUACAUCCAAGUGGAAAGGAGGGAGGGCAACCAAAUUAGAAGGUUCAGAUCACAUUCCAGUUUAUGCCAUAUUAACUGAUGUGCCCAAUCUUCACGUGCACAACACUCCAUCAUUGGCUGUCAGGUAUAUUCCUGAGGUCCGAGGGUGGCAACCGACAAUUGAAAUAAAAAUGUUGACCGAUCAACUCAGUGGAUUAGGCGUGGGCUUCUCUCAAAAAGUUUCAUUCCUUACCAAAAGAGAAGAUUUUAGCAUUACCAAAUACCCUGGCAUGUCUGAAAGUGUUGCUACCAUAAAUGCUGUUGAAUGUGGAGUGACGGGCCUAAAUGUUGGGGCAACAUCAAGGCAGCAUGGGUAUGGACCAGGUUUCAUUGGUGAUGAAACAGAAAAGAACUUACCAAAGUUGAAAACUGAGGAAGUGAACAGUCAUGCUCAUUGCUCUCCAACAGUAAAGAAGAAGGCAAGACAUAAUACACGUUCUCAACUCACGCUAAGGUCCUUUUUUCAGCAAUCCAACUCAAUUGCUUCUCACAGAGGCUGUGCAGACACCAAUACUUCAUCUAGUAGUCCUGGUCUUUUAGAUGCUGGAAUGAACAAAGAUAAUUCAUCUCAAACAACAGAAGUAGUUGAUCGAUAUCCUACAGGAAAUGCUGAAGAUGGUGCUUGUGAAGUGAGCGAGUCUGGGAUAGAUACACUUGUUGAAAACCAGAGUGACAUUAGUGGAAACUUGUCUUUUGAAAAGGAAAAGGCUAAUAUUGCAGCCUUGGAGUGGCAAAGAAUUCAACAGAAAAUGAAAAUGAGCAUACCAUUAUGCAAGGGCCAUAAAGAACCUUGUGUUGCCAGAUGUGUGAAGAAAGAAGGCCCAAAUAUAGGUCGCCGGUUCUAUGUCUGUGCCCGUGCAACGGGACCUGCAUCAAACCCAGAAGCAAAUUGUGGUUACUUUGAGUGGGCAUCUGUGAAGUAUAAGCGCAAGGAAAGAUGACUUGAAAGUUAGCUUUGUGUUCGUUUAGCAGCAUUUACAUUUCAGGACUACUUGGAUAUCAUGACCUACCAAAAUCACCGAGGCUAGCCUGUCGAGGGGCCUGUUCUUGUUUGCGACUUAAUGCGCCUGUCAGACUGGUGAAGUUUUUGCAAAGAAGGAUUUGUGCUGAGGUUAAUCUCUUCAAUGGACAAUGCAAGGCCAUUACAACUGUAUUUUGCAUUAUCUGUAGUUACUUGUUGCCGAGCAAUAGAGUCCGUCGUCAAAGUCCUAAUGUCUAUCUCAAUGGAGCAGCAAAGGUGAAGUGUUAUCUUCAUUAUACAGCAAAGCUUCUGAUCAGAUUAGGAGGUCACCCUUCUCUUACUGGUUUGAUUUUUGUUUUUUUUUUUACCUUUCUUUUUGGGAUUCUUUACUAUUUCUCAACCAAAAACACUUGGAUAUGUAGGGCAUGAAAUAGGAAAGUUAAAUAUCAGAAGUUUUGAAUCUCAGUACUUCCUGCCGAGGAAUUGCUUUACUUGUAUGAAAUUUAUUGGGAAAAGCACAGCUAGAUAUACCAGGUUU